UAUUCACUGUCUAUAACCAAAUAAAUCAUUUAAUUAUUACUUUGUUAUGAGAAUUUAGUUUUUAAUGAGAAUUUAAUAGUAAUUUAGCGAAUAUUCUGAGGAUAUUAUAAAUAAUAUACAAAAUGAGUGAAGAAAGAGAUAAUAAAAACGAUUGUGAGAACAGAUUAAUGGAUGAUUCGCACAAAGAGAGCGCUAAGAACUACGGAACCGAUGGCACAAAUGUGGGAUCAGAUGUGGCAUCAGAUGUGGAGACAAAAGCUCACGAGGAAGUGUCCCAAACAAAUGAUGGACACAAAAGGGACAGUAUGUUCUACCGGAUCAGACAUAUGAACGCCACAGAACCGCACAUUAACUUCAUCGACAGAGUUGUGUCCAUUAUUUUUGACACCUCGGAGGUAUUAUCGCUUUAUUCGUAGCAAAUGUUCUGCAAAUUAUUUGUAUCAUAAUUGGAUCAGUUUACAUAAACGACUGUCCACUGUCACCCGCCAUUCCCGCCGUACUUAUAGUGAAUGGAGCCAUAAAUGUAUUGAUUUGUAUUAUAGAGAGUAUUAAACGCCG